AUGUUGCCUCCAGAAAUCUUGGAUCUGAUUCUUCCGCAGUCUUACUUUUCGUUUGAGUUUCUCAGUUGCUUGGCUGCGUGCUCCCGCGAAUUCUUCAACAAGGUAGCAGAUGAAAGCAGCUGGGAACAGUUAGACAUUGACUUGAACGUUCCCGAAUUCAAGCACGAUCUGGUACUUUUGCGACGCAUGUCCAGAUUGUGGACCGUCGCUCACACGGUUCGAAUGACGCAGUCGCAACUAGCUUUCUGUGGUCCACCGUCAUUGAGCAACCUUCUUAUUCAUUGGGAAGCUGAGCGAAUUCCUUUCUGGGGACAGCGAUCCUGCGGGUACAUAUCAACGCAGACAUUGCUUGGCUGCGCAACGUUUCACAUUGUGGUUCCAGAAGAAGCACGCACCAUCACCUUCGGUGUGAAAAGUCCAACUGGGCGACGUAGGCUCUACCUUGACAUCAAGGAGGCGUUCACUGAGCGAAUGUGCAUUGUCUUUGGAGUGUCUGGCGCAUCCCAAGACCUCCGACCUAGGGUUUUUCCGAAGAAAGUUCUUCUCCCCGAGAUCUGCAAUGAGGUCAUGAUGAUCUGGAACUCACGUUCCUUCGGCUUGAAGAUCAACGGAUAUUGCUUCGGCCCCAUUCAAGUGCGGCCAGAUCUUCCCAGCGGACCAGACUCGCAGGGUCUUCCUUAUGUGUGGGUGACAAACUCGGCGCGGAUGCAGAAACGGCCUGAACUCGAAAUUUAUACGUCGGACACCCCGGUUUUGCCCAAUGCUAGGACAGUCUCUUCCCUUCGAAAUGGUGCUUUCCUUGCACUCAUAUUUCUUUGCACACGUAGCCGGUCCACAUUCGCAUCGCUCACAGCCGGCGAAGCUUUCCAUAAGAAGUGGCGCCAGAGCUCUGCGCCGUGCCAGGGAAGCAGCCUCCGCAUUGAUCUGACAGGGAGCGCUCCUCUCUGUAAUCUUGAUGUCACCUUCGAAAGUUUUGCGGCCAGCCCUCGACUAGAUGUAUCUUUCGUGUACUUGCAGCGGUGCCAUCCUCAUCCACGCGACGAGGGAGUAGUGUUCUUUCCUGACACGCACGUCUACCUGAUUGACGGCCAUCCAUCCUUGUCAUCCGUAACUGCAGUGAUACACAGCUACUCGAACCCAUUCCAAGCAGAUGAUGUGAUUCGCCGCAUGAUGGCAGGCCCCAACUGGCCAAGAGCUGAGUACUCGCGAUACGAAGCUGGGCAGCUGCUGCCACUGACAUCUUCGCAGAUCAAAGCAAAGUGGAAGCAGAACGCAGAGGAAGCCGGCUCACCUGAGCAUCGCUCUGCUGCUUGCACGCAGCUUGACUUCAAUGCCCCGCUGCACGCGCGGAAACCGCACUCGCCAGCAGAUUAUAUGGGUGGAGCAUCCCAAGAGGAUGGAGCUGUCGGCUCCGGAAGCCUGCAAGAGAUGGUGGUGCAGCUUGCAGAAGGUGAAGAUCAGGCUCCUGCAGCUCUUGCAGAGGCGUCGCAGAGCAGUUUCGCCGCUCGCGUCGAUGCUGAAUUGGCAGAGGAGAUGGAGAAGGUGGCGGAGGCCAGCUGCGAGCCGAAAGAAGAGCAGCCCGAGGAGGCCAUGGCGGGGUCUGACCUUGAAGGAUGUCUUGAAUUGGAAGAUGCCACCUGGGCAGCGUUACGCAAGCGCCGGCUUCUGCCUGGCGCUCCUACAUCUGACAAAGACUUUGAAGUACACUUCGGGAAUUUGUUGCGAACAAAUGCGGACUUUCAGUCCAGCUGUUUGAGAGAAGUGUUCGAUGAGUCGGGUGCUAUUCGGAACAUGGUUGCCCGACACAAGUGCCACGUGUCAGAAAAUUUCCCCCAUCAGUCUGACCGCGUGACCCGACUCAUGACGGCAGUGCUGGCUGUGUUGACGCUGCGAACAGUGGAUGUAUUUAUGCGUGAGCACGCCGUUGUCCUGUGGAUAAUUGAAGGCGAAUCUCACAUGCGGUUCCACGAGGGGGAUUGCUACAUUCUUCAUCCCAGUAAUGCUUUCCAGCAAUACAAGGGAAUGCCUCUGGACUGCAGUCGUGUCCACAGUUUUCUGAUGCACCUUGAAGGCAUCUUCCGCAGACUGCCUGCGAACACCGAGCGCAACGACUCGGCUGUGCUCACUGCCGUCGCAGAGCUUCUACAAUCAGAUGGCAGUGACCGUGUCUUCCUGGACUUUUGCCGGAAUGCCUGCGUGUGUAACCGCGGCGACUCUUUACUGAAGACAAGAAGAGCACAGGACGGCGAUGAAGUUCCUGCGUGGGAAGUCGAGACACAAAACUGGCACAUUUAUGUGGCGCGGACAGUGAUGCAGUUGAAGAAAAGCAUCAUCCGAGAGCUUGCCGACGAGAAGCUUGUCAGCUACAUGAUCGAAUGGUGCGACAGCCCGAUGAAACGCCAAGCCGGUUGCUGUUACGACGAUUGCUGCGUCAUCUAUCCCGAUGCUGGCAAAGCCACGCAGGUACCUCGCGCUGAUGCCCAGAACAUCUACGUCCGAAUACCACAUCAAUUGCAUGGCGCAUGUCCGGAUCACGUGAUGGAUCGCGUCACCAAGUUCUACCGCCAAACCUUUUGGACAAACAUCGACGCCUUCAAAUGCUGUCAAGCUGCACAAGCUCUGGCAAAAAGAGGCUUAAACGUGGUGCGAAUCUUCAUAGGCCUGUCGUCCGGCGGUGUUGGCCAAUCCUUAUAUUCGGCGCAUUUGGAGGCGAUGUACGGACACAACUUUGCGUACUUCGACCCCAACAUUUGGUACAAUGAGGACGAGAUGCGUAAACAGGUAGAACAGCUGAAUGGCUGUUUCAUCCUUACAGGCCAAGAGACGCCAGGCACGAAUCGAAGACUUCGCGAAGACCUGUAUAAAAAAUUCAUGUCGGGCGAAGGCAUUUCUGGACGGAAGCCGUAUGGCUUGCGCACACGCAUGAUAAGAUGUAUAGCUUGGAAGAGGCUGGAGGCGAAUCGCAUCUUCAGUAUUGCCAACGUCACCAAGAAGGAGUUCAACUCGAUCAUGCGUCGGGCUUUUGUGUUCCGGAUGAUGGCUCGCUUUGAAGACCCCGUGGCAGUUCAAGGAGCUUAUCCAGAUAUUGGCAAAGACGGCAUCUUCACCAAGGAUCAAGAGCUGAGAGACUUCCUGACGUCUGGGCCUGCGAUUCUAGCAGCACUGCAGCUUCAACACGCCUUUGAAUGUCAACACAAUCAAGAGGACUGUGUGCAAAUGAUCGAAAACUACGUUCAAUGGGGCGGUGACCGAGGCCUCACUGAGACUGUAAUGCGUGAAGCCUGCGGAAUGCCUCGCCGAGAUCUUCGCAACCAUGUGAACCGGGCCCAGACAAUUAUCAACGUUGACGACGACCCUCUGGACACAGGUGGUGAUGGCUCAGCCUUUGAGUGGGUGGCCAUGCAGAACUUCCUUGUGAAUCAUAUGUUGAGCUUGAUCCGUGUAGACAUCACGAAGCCCAUGCUGCAGCGCCUUCGAUUCCCUAGUGGCCCGAACAUGAACAAGGAGGAACUUAUAAAGGCUCUUCUCUUGAACGAUGUGAUAGAUGCGGCAGUGCCCAGAGGCAAGACUUCGGAAGUGUACAAACCCAAAAUUAAGUGCGACAACAUGGAAAACGUGCUGGACCACAAGAACACUUCUGGCGUUAGCCAGGUCUUCCCGGAACUAUAUCAUGUGAAGUUGAUGCAAGAAUACGUUUUCGGCUGCGCAGCGAGACGGGAGAAUGCAUUUAUCCUGGCUGCGUUUUACGAUAACGUGCAGGUGAAGAGCGAUAAAAAGGGUCGCCCUUCCAAGACUGUACUGGCGCAGGCAGAGCAGGCCAUGGAGCUCAAGAAAACCGGCACGAAGAUUUCUGCACAAGAGGAUCUGUUUGAUGAAGUGCUUGCAGAAUUGACGCAGUCGUCGCAGCAGAUCAAGAGACGGCGGACUGGAAAAUCCAGGACCAUCAAAGAUGAAAUUGAAUCGAAAGAAGGACUACCAGAACAAGUUCAUGUGCAGCGCAGCUAUCACUAUUCUGAAGCGGUGGCCUGCCGAGCCCGCAAGGUCGUUACUGGCCUGGGCGCGCAGAGAUUCAGCGCGCGUGCGCAAAUGCACUUGACUGCUGGUACUGUCGAUCUGGAUGUUGUCGAAACACUGCGGCAAUGUGCAGAAAAGCGCGAGACGAUCUGCCGUGACACGUUGCAUCUGUCAGAGGACAGUGGCAAGCAACUGCUCAUCAAGGUGUUCUACGGUGGCGCGAUACCCGCUGACCUUGAGAACGGCAAACAGUUUCUGAUCCAGCUCGAGCGAGCCUCCAUUUAUUUCCGGUGGAUGGCGAUUUCGUUGUUACCAGAUGUUUUCGCAACGUUUAACAAGCCAGAUAGCGAAAAGAAAAAUCCGGAUGCUUCAGUGUUGUCAUACCUGUAUUGCAUCGCGGAGGACCGAAUUCUGUCAGCUUGGUCCGACUUCCUGAUGGAGCUGAAGCCCACCCAUCUCUCGCUUCACUAUGACGGAGUACGAGUGUCCAAGCCGCGAGAUAAAUCGGUCGAUAGCUUGUGUUGUCACGCGCAAGAGCGCAUCAAGAGAACAACCGGCUUUGAUGUGAAGAUACGGGAGAAGCAACAUUUAACGAUUCUACAGGAUCUGCGUUUGAACGCAAGCAGCGUGCGCGAGACCAGUCGUGUUGCCAAGACAUCUAACCUUUGCCAAGCAGGCAAUUGCAUCCCUGCUGCUGUGGCUCUGCUGCUCGACAACGUCGCCCAAAUUGAAGAGCUAGUUUCCUCGGACAGCAGACGGGAGGGCUGUCGGUCAUACGCCGACUGUGAGAAGCUGCUAAAAAUCCACUUUGCGCCCAUGCCAGCUGCAGACCUGUCGUGCCUGGAGACGGGUGAUUACGUGCUUCACCUGGAGCAUCAGGGCAAGCCUCACUGUGUUGCCAUGUCGGUCACUGUUCCCGGUCGAGUGGUUGUGCAAGAUGUUCCGCAAACCUUUGAGCUGGAGGUUUCCACGCUGAAAACCAUCAUGACACGUGCUGUCGAUCGCUGUGUGUCAAUGGUGUUCAGACUACACACGCGUGGCGAGGCGAAUUUGCAACAUGACCUUUGGAGCGAGGCCGCCCUUCAGACGUUGCUUACUUUGCAGGCAGGUGGGGUCAAUGAAAUCGUUGUUGAGGAGAGCAGCGAGGCAUUGCAACUGCUAUUGGACGUGGAAGCUGGCUCAAGCGCCAGUCUUUGCGACCCAAUUGAGGUGAUGUCUGAGGACGAAGGCCCAGAAAGCAUCAUCAGCAGUGCUUCUGAGACAGAGGCAGCUCUUCAUGGGUGCUGGCUAGACGAACAAGCGCAGGUGCUCACAGACCGGCAACUGCUCGAGAGCAUGAAGCAAGAGAUAGAAGAGUUUUUGGCUGCUGGAGCCAGUCCCCAUGUCGAGCAGACCAAGCAUGGACUGAGGUGUCCAUUCUGUCCAUGGCGGUGCUUUAUUCGACCCCAAAAAGUUCUCCAUCAUGUUCGCCGGCACCAUCGUAGCCAGAGGCAGUACUGCUGCUCUGGCACAAAGCAGCUGAAACUGAUUCUGGCGCUGCAUGACGCAGAUAUGAUCGCCGGCGUCCACAAGCAAGAUUAUCUUCGGGCUAGCGCCAACCAUCUACGGCAGAGGCUGGUCUGCAACAAGAUGCACGUGAAGCGACGGACUCGAGCAUCAUGUUUCACGGACCUAAGGCAAGUGAAGCCGGCUCUGUCGCACAAGCGCAAUUCAAUCGACAAGCACUUGCGGCUCUUCUUUGCUGCCUCAGGAUAUGCUACACUGCACUUGGUAACUGGCAAAUUCACGUAG